GAGUCUGGCCUGAGGGAUACGAGCGAGUGUGGGCUUGGAGGGAAUGCUUGUUUCUCUUCUUACACUGGUUUUUUUCUCACGACUAAUUUCUUUCUCCUGAGGUUCUUCCACAAUAUCACAAAGUGCUGUGGAAAGUGUAAUCCCUUUUGUCUUGUCGAGGGUUGUACAGUCACUUUCUCUGCAAUAAAAUAGCGUUGACUCCCUUAUUCACGGAAUAAAACCUCGGUAGUUCGUUUUGUUUUCACUUCAGGGCGGCCAUCUAGGCAGCAGUUGAAUGGAUGAUGAGUCAUUAUUAAUACUAAUUCCUGUAUUCAUUCUCUUAAGAGCUUUGCUUGGUACUUUGUAAUAUUUAUGUUUUCAGUGUGUGUGUGUGUGUUUUUUUUUUUUUUUGAGCCAACAAGCAUUUUAGUACUGAAGUUGGUUAGGGGCUUAUUAAAUGUCAAGUACUACGUUAAGCGUCUUAUGUAAAUUGUCAGAUGUCAUCCUAAUUUAUAUGUAGUUAUCAACCUCACUUCACACUUAAGGAAACUUAGAGAAGUUAAAUAGUAGAGAAAUUAAACAGUGCGUCAUAUCACACAGCUAAUAAGUGUUAGACUUCACACUUAGCUCGGAUUUAUUGGACUUCUGAGCCCUAAGCACAAACUUGUUUGUUUUGCUUUUUCAUAAAUCAGAAACAUCAGCUAAAAUGCUCAGAUUCCAAAAAAUAAGAGUGUGUAAAAAAGCAGUGGAAAUACUAAUAUUUGACUUCUUGUACGGUUUUCAUAAGUAAAAAUUUUCGAAGUAUAUUCAUUUUAUGCUAAUUUUGGAAUCUCUGUUAUCUGUGUGGCAGCCUUAGGAUGCAUGUACAGCUCUGUGUCACUAUGCGGUUCUCACUGCUCCUAUAAUAUGAGUCCUGGCCUGGGACUUCCUCAGGGAAACUGACUUUGAGUUCAUAGUAGAAUCUACAGAUAGAUCAGAAACUGUACACCAGACUUGAGCAUUCAAAAAAGUGUUUCUCAACAUACUUCAUUUUAUACAUAUUGUAUAUGAAUUGUAAGCAGGGCAUUGUGUGUCAUAAUGUGCUGGGUUGAGGGAGCAGGUCUUGAGAGAUGAGACAGUAAAUGGAUCUAAACAGGUGCUGCAGUCAGUUAUGCAAAUGAGACAGCAAGGGGAAGCCAGCUCCCAUAUUCAAAGAUAAAACACUCAGCAUUGUGGUCUUCUCCUGGCCUGUCUGACUGGGUAGAAGAAGUUGGGUUUCCUUUGCCAGGAAUUUGAGAAGGGAGGCUGUUUUUCCCUAUAGGCCCCCAAAUGGAUGUUGUUCACCUUCCCCAAAAUGGUCAUGACUGCUGAAUGUUUUAAGCAAACACUCCACCACUUGUGUUUGUGUGGGUGAGUGAUCAGCUCCUGGCUUUCCCUGGUGUGCUUUUCCAGGAACUCAGCUCCAUGUUUCAGUAAUUCAUUCAACAAACCGAUGAACUCCUAUGUGCCAAUUUAUGUGGUACAAAUUAUACCGAUUUCUAACUUCCAGAGACUGACAGUUUAGUAAAUGUGGCAUGGUGACUGACUCCUUGUGCCAACUGCUAGGUUACGUGGCCUUGUGCUGACAUUGUGAGAUUCCCUUUUGUUUCCUAGGGUGGGGAAUCUCCUGGACUCUGUACCACAAGAGAUCUCCCCGCUCCUGGAGGCAGCUUUGGCUCCCUGCUCUCUGGGCUACUUGAGAACUACUUGAGGUGUCUGAAACUACAAUAUAAGGCAUUCUUCAGAUUCUUAGAGUACACAUUUUACUUAAAUCUUUUUUGGCAAAAGUUAGUAUAUUUUAGUGUUAUAUAGUUUAAACCAUAUUAAAAUAGUUCUGUUAUACAUUUUAAUAGAACAUGCACGAAUAUUUAAAGCUUCAAAGUAAUUUUAUUGUGGUAACCACUUUAACAAAUAAUCUAGACCCUAGUCCAGCAAGGUCCGCAUUUUUCCCUCAGUGAUUUUAGAAGAGUCUUCAGUGGGGAGCUCUGUCUCAUGGCAUUUUACUUCUAUUAUAUUUUUAUUAAAGCAGUUAGCACUUUAUAACCAUUCCCAUAACAUCCUCUUUUCACUAUAGAACGUGCACCUAAGGCAGAAGCACACUGUAUUUGCCCGCAGCACAGUGUCUAGCCCAUGUGUGGUCAGCAGGUGGUUGGAGGAUUACUGGCAUGAGAACAUGAGCCAAAAACCUGUGCUGAUGAGUUCAAAUUUGUGAAACUGUACAAACUGUGAUGCUAGAGUUGAGAGCUAGAUAAACCAGAAGAUUCACCAUCGCUUCUAUGGCUGCCUCACAAACCUCACAAACUGUUGCAUCUCAUGUUCCUUUUGCAGAUUUAUGUUCGACUUUAGAACGAAUACAGAAAAGUAAAGGGCGUGCAGAAAAAAUCAGACACUUCAAAGCAUUUUUAGAUUCUUGGAGAAAAUUUCAUGAUGCCCUUCAUAGGAACCAAAAAGAUGUCACAGAUUCUUUUUAUCCAGCCAUGAGACUUAUUCUUCCUCAGCUGGAAAGAGAGAGAAUGGCCUAUGGAAUCAAAGAAACUAUGCUGGCUAAGCUUUAUAUUGAAUUGCUUAACCUGCCUCGAGAUGGAAAAGAUGCCCUUAAACUUUUGAACUACAGAACACCGACCGGAACCCGUGGAGAUGCUGGAGACUUUGCAAUGAUUGCGUACUUUGUACUGAAACCCAGGUGUCUACAGAAAGGAAGCCUAAGCAUUCAGCAAGUAAAUGACAUUUUAGACUCCAUUGCCAGCAAUAAUUCUGCCAAAAGGAAAGACCUAAUGAAGAAGAGUGUUCUUCAGCUUAUAACUCAGAGUUCAGCACUUGAACAAAAGUGGCUGAUACGGAUGAUUGUUAAGGACCUAAAGCUUGGCUUUAGUCAGCAAACUAUAUUUUCUGUUUUUCACAGUGAUGCUGCCGAGUUGCAUAAUGUCACCACAGAUCUGGAGAAGGUCUGUAGGCAACUGCACGAUCCUUCAGUGGGACUCAGUGACAUUUCCAUCACCUUAUUCUCUGCCUUUAAACCUAUGCUGGCCGCUAUAGCAGAUAUCGAGCGGAUUGAGAAGGACAUGAAACAUCAGAGUUUCUACAUCGAAACCAAGCUGGAUGGCGAGCGGAUGCAGAUGCACAAGGAUGGGGAUGUGUACCGGUACUUCUCUCGCAAUGGGUAUAACUAUGUAGACCAGUUUGGUGCUUCCCCACAGGAAGGGUCCCUCACACCAUUCAUUCAUAAUGCAUUCAAAACAGAAGUGCUGAACUGUAUCCUCGACGGUGAGAUGAUGGCCUACAACCCUAACACACAGACUUUUAUGCAAAAGGGGAAUAAGUUUGAUAUUAAAAGAAUGGUAGAAGAUUCUGAGCUGCAGACUUGUUACUGUGUUUUUGAUGUGUUGAUGGUUAAUGAUAAAAAGCUAGGACAUGAGACCCUGAGAAAGAGGUAUGAAAUUCUUAAUAGUGUUUUCACACCUGUACCAGGUAGAAUAGAAAUAGUGCAGAAAACACAAGCUCAUACUAAGAAAGAAGUAAUUGAUGCUUUGAAUGAAGCGAUAGAUAAAAGAGAAGAGGGGAUCAUGGUAAAACACCCGCUGUCCAUUUACAAGCCCGAUAAAAGAGGUGAAGGAUGGUUAAAAAUUAAACCAGAGUAUGUCAAUGGACUGAUGGAUGAGCUGGACAUCUUAAUCAUCGGGGGCUACUGGGGGAAGGGUGCCCGGGGCGGGAUGAUGUCUCAUUUUUUGUGCGCUGUGGCAGAGAAGCCCCUUUCUGGUGAAAAACCCUCAGUGUUUCAUACUCUGUGCCGUGUGGGCUCGGGUUACACCAUGAAAGAACUGUAUGACCUGGGUUUGAAGUUGGCCAAACACUGGAAGCCUUUUCAUAGGAAAGCCCCACCAAGCAACAUUCUAUGUGGAACAGAGAAGCCAGAGGUCUACAUCGAGCCUUGCAAUUCAGUCAUUGUUCAGGUUAAGGCCACAGAGAUCGUCCCCAGUGACAUGUAUAAAACCGGCUGCACGUUGCGUUUUCCACGGAUCGAGAAGAUAAGAGAAGACAAAGAAUGGUACGAAUGUACAUCCCUGGAGGACUUAGAGCAACUUCGAGGGAAAGCCUGUGGAAAGCUCGCGUCCAGACACCUUUACAUGGGUGGCGAUGAUGAACCACAAGAGAAAAAGAGGAAAGCUGCCCCAAAGAUGAAGAAAGUCAUUGGAAUUAUUGAGCACCUAAAAGCUCCCAACCUUUCUAACAUAAACAGGGUUUCUACUGUGUUUGAAGAUGUGGAGUUUUGUGUCAUGAGUGGAACCAGCAGCCAUCCCAAGCCUGACCUGGAGAACAGAAUCGCCGAAUUGGGUGGUUACAUAGUACAGAACCCAGGCCCAGACACGUACUGUGUGAUCGCAGGGUCUGAGAACAUUCGAGUGAAGAAUAUCAUCUCUUCAGAUAAACAUGAUGUCGUCAAGCCAGAGUGGCUGCUAGAGUGUUUUAGGACCAGAAGCUGUGUGCCCUGGCAACCCCGCUUCAUGAUCCACAUGUGCCCGUCGACAAAGCAGCACUUCGCCCAGGAAUACGACCAAUACGGGGAUAGUUACUUUGUUGACACAGAUUUGCACCAACUGAAGGAAGUGUUUUCGGGAAUUAAAAAUGCUGGUGAGCAGACUCCUGGGGAGAUGAGUCCUGUGAUUGCUGAUUUGGAACACAGGUAUUCCUGGGCCAGCGCGCCUCUUAGCAUGUUUAGACACCACACCGUUUAUUUGGACUUGUACGCUGUCAUCAAUGACUUAAGUACCAGAAUCAAGGGAGCUAGGUUAGCCAUCACAGCCUUGGAGCUUCGAUUUCAUGGAGCGCAAGUAGUUUCCUGUUUAGCUGAGGGAGUGUCUCACGUGAUUGUUGGGGAGGAUCAGAGUCGGGUUGCAGACUUGAAAGCUAUUCGAAGGACUCUUAAGAGGAAAUUUAAAAUCUUACAAGAACGUUGGGUCACUGUUUCAAUAGACAAGUGUGAAUUACAGGAGGAAAAUCGGUAUUUGGUUUGAAGCUAGCUUUAUAGUGAGGCAAGCCUCAGAUCUGACCGACUCAUUGCAAUAGAUUAUCAUGAUAAAAUGUUAAACUGUUUUAUCUUUAUCUUUUAGAAAUCUGUGCUUAAAAAGUAUUACUAGAUACAGACAGUCAUCAUAACUUUAUUUUUUUCCUGUAUCUUUAUAGAGCUUUUAAUGAUAAGAAAAAAGAUACUCAUGUAUACAAGGAAAACACUUAAAAGAAAAAAGUGGAUUGUUUAACAAGAAAUACAAAGGGUGAAAAGACACCCUGUGGCCCAAUGUCAAGAAAGAAAAAUUUUUAGCAGUAUAGUAAGUAUUUCAUUAUUUUUAUGACCAAGAUGAAAUAAAAAGUUUACCAUUACAAUCUCCUUAUACAAAUAUAAAAUUUUAACUCAUAUUAAUAAAAUAGAUUUAGAAGCUUUUAGACUCAUUAAAAGUAGUGACCUAAACAGGAUUUUCUGAAGUCGAAUAAAAUUUUUAAUAAUGGCUUUUGUCUAAUAAAAGCAUUGCAAGAAAAAUAUUGUUGGCACAUUUGGAUUUGUAAAUGCGUCUUUUUGAGUUGAAGGCUAAAAUUCCACUUUUAAGUGUGAAAUGUGAACAAAUUUAUUUUUUAAGGUUAAGGUCAGGCUCAUGAAUAAAAUGACUUGUUAAUGAUCAGGGGGAGUGUGUGUGCUCAGUCAUGUUUGAGUCUUAACAACCCCAUGGACUGUAGCCUGCCAGGCUUCUCUGUCCAUGGGAUUUUCCAGGCAAGAAUAGUGGAGUGGGUUGCCAUUUCCUCCAAGGAGUCUUCCCAACCAGGGGAUUGAACCCAUGUCUUCUGCAUCCCCUGCAUUGGCAGGCAGAUUCUUUAGCAUUGCACCACUUUAAAAGCACCUUGUUAAUGAUGUUAUUAGCUAAAUCAGGGGAGAUUGAGUAAUGGUCUAAAAACUUAGAUCAGUUUGAUUUUUUAAAUCUCUUGCAAUUUUAAAUGUACUUGGCCUACACUUAAUUUUUUUCUAAAAUAGAACAUAUUUUAAAGAAAAUAUUUUUAUAUGAAUUUGUACUUCAGUAUAAAUAGUAUUCGGCAAAGAGUGGUUUUCCUACGUAUGGCCCAUUGAAAAGGUAUCAGAAUGGUGUAUGUGUUGUAACUUUCUCUACAAAGAAGUAAAUUGCUUUGAUUUUUUUAAAAUGACUUAUUUUUUCUUAGAUUAUUUAAAGUGUAUAGUAAAUAUAAAUAUAUUACAUCUGGAUUUAUAUACCAAAUAUGUAAAACCAAAAUAUACCAGAUUUUGGAAUGCAGCCUAUACAUUUUGAAAAAUAUGUUUCAUGACAUCAGUUAAAUACUUGGAAUUUGGUACCUGAGAAGCUGUGUGUAGAUUGUUUGUAAAUAGUUAUUUUAUUCAAACAGAGGAACAAAUGUAUGUUAUUUUGUUGUAUUUCUUAAUUUAAAUAAAAUAUUUAAUACGCUAUUAAAA